UUACGUGCUCUUGGUGGUUUCGUGUACAUGUACUUCCGGAACCGACAGACAACCCAUGGAAAAGGGAGAGCUUUAGACAUAAAGUUGUUUUACGUAAGAUUAUUCCAAGUUGAAGAUUCUUAAAACACCAGUGAACAGUGGAUUGGAUUUAAUUUAGGAGGGCGACAUGGCUUCCCCAACAAACGACUGUGUAUCUUUCACAAUCGCCGCAAAUAUAGUGUGCUCGAUAUCAAUAGUGUUGAUAAACAAGUGGCUUUACACAGAAUACGGCUUCCCCAACAUCAGUCUCACAUGUAUCCACUUCGUCAUGACAUCUCUAGGGCUUCUCAUAUGUAGAAAACUGAACUUUUUCCAACCUAAAAGUGUACCCAUCUUGAAGAUGUUACCACUGGCUCUAACGUUCUGUGGGUUUGUCGUGUUCACCAACUUGUCGCUAGAGACGAAUUCUGUGGGGACUUACCAGAUCAUGAAAACUAUGACAACUCCCUGCAUCAUGGCUAUACAGUCCACCUACUACGAUAAAACAUUUUCAACGAAAGUGAAACUCACCGUGAUUCCAAUAAGUUUAGGAGUAACUCUAAAUUCAAUAUAUGAUUUGAAGUUCAACUUGCUUGGUGUAUGCUUCGCCACAGUUGGUGUUCUGGUCACCUCACUGUACCAGGUGUGGGUUGCGGAGAAGCAGCAUGAAUUCCAGAUGAACUCGAUGCAGUUAUUAUAUUACCAGGCUCCGCUGUCAGCUGCUGUCCUCAUCGUCGUCAUCCCUUUCAUUGAAGCACCUAUUUUCAGCUUCCAUGGAGCUCUUGGCUCCUAUCCUACAAAAGUUGUUAUGUUGGUGUUACUGUCUGGGGUGAUAGCCUUAUCUGUCAACUUGACCAUUUACUGGAUCAUUGGCAACACAUCGCCUGUCACAUACAACAUGGCAGGUCACCUCAAGUUUUGUGUAACUGUACUACUUGGAGUAAUUGUGUUCCAUGAUCCAUUGUCAUUUCUACAAGUCCUAGGCAUAGCAACCACUCUUUCAGGGGUGAUAGCUUAUACACAUUUCAAGAUGGGAGAGCAGGCCAAACAAGUUCUGCCCCAGCAAAAUUCAUAAACAGCUGUUCGUGAUCAGUACCACUGUUUUUAGCCAGUCUACAACAGAAUGAUGCAUAGACAGCCAGACUACCUGUUAACACAACAGAAAAAGAUGAGACAAUAUGAAGUGAAGAAAUAUGAGGGAUACUUCCAUUGUGCCCCGAUUUCUGUGAGGUUCAUUCCAAUAGUAUUUUACCAUGCUGUCUUGUGAGGAAAAUCUUUAGGGUCAGUAAUUGAUAAUACAUUGCUGUCUAUAAGAGACUGUAUGCUUCCUGUGAACAGGUACACUAUGAUUGUACUCUGAUUUCUGUGUUACAGUGAUAUUAUGGUUGUGUUCUAUCUACGAGACACAUUUAGUUUGCACAGUACUGUCUGCUACAGUUUCUCCAAUUGUACUCUUGCAGAUGCAUCUGGGAGAAUUGUUCCCCAUUUUAUAUGAUGGGAGCAGAUUGGCUUCAUGUUCAAUGUUCAGUUCCAGAAAAUAGCUUUAUUUCUGUAAACAUAAUUGACAGAAAGGAGAAUGUUAGGCAUGGUUGUCUUCAGCAUGCCAUCAAACUACAAAUAUCUGUCCCAGUGAUGCUGUCUGUUAUAAUUGUAUUGAGUUCUAUUGGAAUAUUGAUUGCAUUGUAAUGUACCUCUCUGUUUUGAUAAGUAUUAUGCAGUUUCAUUGCAUAAAAUUCUGCAUAUCAUGAAACUUUUGUCACCAUUUAAGUUAACUUUACCAUCUUUAUAGACACUUAUCAAACUUGACAGGAGAAUCAUGGUAUGGCGUCUUCCAUCCAUUAGGCAUAAACUUUGAUUUGUCCAGGUGUAUCCUCUUUUUCGACCAAUUUCCUUAAAACGUGGUAAGCCUUAUAAUCCUGAUAUAUAGCUGUUUUCCUACAGAGACAUUUUAAUUUCACUAUUUUUACAAAAGUUACUGCCCUUUAAAUUGUUUUUUUCUAGUACUGAAGUAGUUUUCUACCAGUUUCUUUGAAACUUUGAAGGCAUUUUAAUUAUGAUCUAUUGUUGUAUUUACUGAGUUAAAGACUAAUUCUUGAUUACUUCUAUUCCCUAAACUGUUAGAAAAUUAGACUUUGUAGUAAAAGGUGAGUGUUAUAGCAUGCCACCUAUAGCUAGCCACUGACUCUUAAGGUGAUGCAAAUCUUAUUGCCAUGCACAAGAUACAUCUACAUUUAUAUAAUACUACAGCUAUGUGACAAUCGAUGGCUGUUCAUUGUUCCACUCAAGGGUAAUCUUGUCAAAUAAUGAAAAUUUUAGUAAUUAAGCUAUAGCAAAAAUUUAACUACUUUUCUUUAUAGAUAUCCUUUAUAUGGUAAGGGGAAAUGCGAUAUAUAUUUUUUUUUUUUUUUUCAAUUUUUUUUUCAUUAUUUUUUCACCUGAGGGAGACAUUUUUGUGGGGCAAACAAUUCACAAGCCUCUUAAACAUCUUUUAUAUGAGCAGGGCAUAUUUUUCAUAUAUACUGCAGUGUUUGUAAUAUACAAGAUACACGAUACAUUAUGUACAUGGAUUUAGAUUAUACUAAUGUGCCAUUGACAUGCCUUAUCAUCAUUCACAUACUGACAUGGGUCAAUAGUAAGCUCCAUUUUAUUGACUGCAUUACUUCAUUUAACAGAAUUUUGGUUUUCUAUACUGUACCCCUUUCUUUUGUAUUAUAUCCCUAGAUAGAUUGAGGAAACAAUUCAUCAUAGCAACAUUUUAGGUAAUUUGUAUGAAUAGCAUGCUUACUAAAUCUAACACAGGUUAAAGUGAUUUGUGUUUGUGGCCUGAUCAAAAGUCCUUGUGGAGAUCACUCAUAAUAGUCACCAUUGUCUCUACCUACCUGUAUGUAUUACUUGUGAGAAGGACCUGUAGUAUCUAUUUUAGGUAAUAUUGUGUGUUGAAUAAUUAUAUGUAUAUGAUCCAAAUGGAUAAUUUUGAGUGCUUCUAUUUGAAUACUCAGUAAAUAACAGAGAUUCUUUCUAAUUGAUAUCAUUUUAAACAGAAUACAUACAUGUAUACUAAAACUACAUAGAUCAUACAUACUCUUUAUCAAAUUUCAAUGGUUAUUGUACCCAUCAUGCAUCCUCCAAUAAAAGGGACAAUGUCUGUUUUCCUUCAUGAUAAAACCACAAAAAGUUAUCCCCAAGUUUCCUGUACACAUGACAAACAUUAAACUUUAUAUGUUACAAUAUCACAUGAAAAGAAAAAUAUUUUCAACAAUAUCACAUUAAAAGGAAAAUAUUUUCAAUUUUUAAAUACAGAAGAGUUGUGUUAGAAAUAUUUUAAAAUUUGUACAAUAAUCAUGUGACAUUUCCACAUAUCUGAUUUUAGCUGUCUUUAGAGAUAAUGACCAUUUUUUCCCCACAUGGCUGCAGGUGUGACAAGAUUAUGUUGUCCUAUGGUAUGACUUUGGUUUUGUAGUCAUCAAUAAUUUCUGAAAAGUUUUAAUGAACCAGCAUAAUAUCAUUUUCAUCUACCUGUUAUAAAUUCCAUGCAAUGUACUGCACACGUCCUCAUUUUCACCCGAUGACCUUGACACUUGGUGGAGUUUACUACCCACAGGUGUAAUAGUGUCUGUGUAUCCAACAUAUUUGGACAAUCCUUGUACAGUCCUGGAAACAACCAGAACUAGUCCCUCCAAUAUCCAUGAAACUACGAAGACUUGCUAACUUCAUUGUUAUAUUUUGUUGUAUGUGUUACCAAGUAAAUGUCCUUUGUAUACGUAUACUAGUACUUUGUUGCAAGCAUUUUUUAUACGUUCAUGUACUUCGAAUUCAGGCAUUACAAACUGUGGUUCAAAAUGGUGGAAAUAUUCACAUGCAAGUGUCACUUCCACCAAAAUCUGAAAUAUUUAUUUUCAUCAUAACAGCUUUAUAACUUUUACAAUAUUUUAUUAAAAUUUCAACAUGGUUAUAACAAUUCCCAGGACAUGUACAUCCAGCUGACCCUUGCAUUGAUUUUCAGCACUUUCAGAAGUCAAAUUACUGUUUCUCAGAUAUCUGAACAGUCAAAACAUACACCAGAUAGACAUGGCCCUUUAAUCUUGAGAAUCAGAUCUCAUUUUGGGGGAGUCAAAAACAUACCCUCAAGGUCUAUGGGUGCAAUGAGUACUCCAAAGUAUAAAACAUGUACUAGAUUUACCAAAAACAGUAAUGAUAACUGAUAACCAUGUUAGCAAAGGGACAUACCGGUACAUUCUGUAAUAGCUCAAUCAAAUUAGCACCUAUAAAAACUGUCGGGGUAUAUAACAAACUCAAAUCUAACCGAUAACAUCAGUUAAAUAGUGUCCAACACCAGUACCACUAUGCUCGGCUACACAAAAUCCUUUCUGCAUGAUAACCAUUCAUAUUCAAAACAUAAUAAUAAAGUAUACACAAGUAUUUUCAGCACUUUGAGAUAAACACUGCAAUGCUAUAUCCCUCCAUGUUUCAGGCAAAGUUUAUUUUUAUUUUACAAUUUUAUUACUAGGUUAUUUCAAACUUUGAAAAUGACCUUUCACUGAACUAGAAGGGUUAUAUAGUACAUGUAAUUCACUUUUAUAACUUUUAACACCAAUCACUCUAGCAAGUCACAGAUCAAAUAUAACUACUCCAGACAUGUGAUCUUUUGAAUUCUUUGACAAGUUUUAACAAUUCAGCCAUGACCUUGUGUUGGCCAAGGGUAUCAUUAAUGAUCAUUGUUGACAGACUUUCAUACCUUUCCCCUAUAUAAGAUAUGUUUGUCAAAGUUUGGCUUAUUUUCUGUUUGUGUUGUUUGAAUAUUACUGACUGUUGAUAUUUAUGUUUGUAUACAUAUAAAUUGUUCAUGGGGAUAAGAAUAAAAAAUUACAAUACCCUAA